CUACACUUCGCAGAAUCAAUGACGUGACAGGCAGUUCAAAAUAGUAUUGCACGUGCUUGAGAUGGAGAUUGUCAUAUGUGCAUAUUUUAUGUCGUGCCCACGCGUUUAACACUGAUGAUCGAUAUAUUAUAUGACAUCUUAUUGAAUAUUACGAAAGCAUUUGAUAUCGUGUAUCGUUCUUGUUCCGACGUGAAUUAGAAUGACUAGUAAAAAAGGACACACCCUCCGAAUUGAAUCUGAAAUCGAUAAAAACCGCGAGGAAGGAAAUUGGAAAAAGGUUAUAGAAUUGGCGGAACACCUAAAAAUACAAUACCCUAGCAAUGAAUGUUUAGCAAAUUUUUUAUGUGGAGAAGGAAGAUUGGAAAGCUUUUUAGAACAAACUCCACCUAUAGAUGCUAAUAUUGGAAAAGCUAGAAAUGGGCUACAAGAAACUAGAAAGUAUUUAAUUCUUGCAGCAAAUGAAAAGGAUAAACAGGCUUUAGUUGUAUUGGAUGCACAUUUACUACUUGGUAAAUUACAUUAUGCAAUGGGAAUGUAUGAAGAAGCUCUCAAACAUUAUCAACAAGCUGAAUUGCACACACUUACAGAAAAGCCAUUACCUUGUAGAAGUCUGCGUAUUGUUGCAGAGUCAUAUGCAAUUAAAGCGAAACAUUUAUCCUGCAGAAGACUGCGCACUUUUGCUGAGUCAUACGCAAUUGAAGGUCUUUGUCUAGAAAAGUUACCACCAAAUUCCAAAUCAAAAUAUAAAAUAGCAGAAUGGCAAGAGCAGAUCAUCAAAUGUUAUGAAAUUGCUGGAGAUCUAACAUUGGUUUAUUUACAAGAACAAGACAAACUUGCAAUGCAACAUCAAAAUGGCACGUCUACCAUAAAUAGUAACAAUGCAGGUACAUAUUCCUCUCAGUCUUCGUAUUGUUCUACAAAACAUAUUGGACCAAUUUUGGAAACAGCACUACAAAGGGCACCCAUAUUGUAUAUUCAAACUGGUAAUAUUCAAGGUGCAAUAAAUCGUUACAGGGAAAUUUUAUCUGCUGUGGAGUCCACAACUACUCAAAGUCUUAGAGUUACUUUAACAAGACAAUUAGCGGAAGUAUUAGUUCGAGGAAUUAGUGGUGCGGAAUAUAAAGCUCCAGAAGCACCAAAUGAUUCUGCAGAUUCACCUUGGAAGCCAAAGAAAUAUUUAGGUCCUAAUAUGUUUGUGCCAAGAAAUGAAUAUGAAGAAACAAUUCUAUUAUUAUUAAUAAGUGAAGCUAUGGCGGUUAGAGACGCUGUGCUUAGUCAAUCUCCAGAAUUUAAAGAUGCAAGAAUACAUGCUUUUGAAAAUGCUACUGCGGUAUAUGAUCUCCUCACAGUAGUUGUUGUGAGAUGGAGUCAAGUAGAUUUGUUAUAUGAGUCAUUUGAAAGAGCAAUGAAAUUUUCUCAUGAAGAAGCCCAUGUAUGGACUCAGUGUGCAUUAUGUUUAAUUAGUAUGGGCAGAUAUAUGCAUGCAUAUAGAAUUUUAAAAGUGGUAACGAGACUAUCUCCACAAAAAGUAAUGCCCUGUCUUUUAGCCGCAAGACUAUGCUAUGAACAAUUAAAUAUGGUAAAAGAAGGUAUCGAAUGGAGUCAAAAAGCACUUCAAAGAGAAACAUCAAAUUCUCAAGGAAUGCAAUCAAGAUGUCAUCUCUAUAUUGGUAUUGGUCAUAGUAUUCUUGCUACAAACACUAUAGUGAAAAUGGAUAAAACUUAUCAUACUAAAACAGCUUUGGAAUGUUUUCAGAAGGCGCAACAGUGUGAUCCAAAUGAUCAUUUGGCAGAAUACUAUUUAGCUCAUGAAUAUGCAAUUAACAGACAAAUUAACGACGCAAUGAUUCAUGUAAAAAUUGCGUUAAAUCUUCGGGCAGAACACAUUCCAUCCUUGCAUUUAUUGAUAUUACUACUAUCGGCUCAUAAACAAUACUCAGAAGCAUUGCAUUUAAUAAACAGUGUAUUAGAAGAAUAUCCAGAUAAUUUAAAUUUUCUUUAUGUAAAAGCGCAUCUUGAAUUACGAAGUAUCGGUGGUGAGCAAGCAUUGUUUACCAUAAGACAUAUGCUUUUACUCUGGAAGAAUUUGUAUGAAGAUCAGACUAAUACUAAUUGUAAUGAACAACAUAGUGAGAAACGCAGUGAAACCAGAAGCGUUUUUCAGUUGUAUGCUUCUGAAAUGUCUGAUAAAGAUUCCAGUUCUCUACAUGCACAAUCAUUGGCUGCUUCAAGAGUAGAACAAGCCUUAUCUGAAGUUGCAUCGUCUCUUAGCUCUUUUACUCCGAAACCAGGACCACAAAGAGCAUGGCUAUUGCAAUUACAAGUUUGGUUAUUACUUACUGAAGUAUAUUUAGUUUUGGAUCAACCAAAUGGUGCUGUUCUUUCUUUACAAGAAGCGACGAAUAUUUUUCCGCUAAGUCACCAUAUUAUGUAUACACGAGGUUUACUUCAUGAAUAUAAAUUGGAAUACAUGGAAGCAAAGCAAUGUUAUCAAAAUGCAGUUUCAAUUAAUCCAUCACAUAUUAAAAGUUUACAACAUUUGGGGUUAAUUUAUCACUAUUUGGGAAGUCAAAGGUUAGCUGAAAAAACAUUACGCGAUGCUGCAAAAAUUGAUCCGAAUUCUCAUCAAACAUGGUAUAACUUAGGAAAGGUGUUAGAAUCUUUAGGUGAAGUAGAAGCAGCAAGUGAUUGUAUGGCUACAGCAUUGGAAGUGGAAACUACGAAUCCGAUAUUACCAAUUCUUUCGAUACCAGUUACAUUUGAAUGAUUUAGAAUUUUUAUUUAAAUAAGAUUAAAAACAGAUAAUAAUUUAUCGUACAACAUUGGCAUUUGUUUGCCCUUGUGGCAAUAGUACCUGCUUAUCUCUACACUGUUGCAUUAUUGUACAAAUAAAUGAAUUCUUUAAAAAAAAUAUUAAAAUUAUGCAAAUACUUUAUCAAUAAUCAAUGUAAAAAAAAACUCUAAUAAAGAAAUAAUUAUAAGAGAA